AUGAGUUGCCAGAAUGCUACCUUUGAGUUGAACAAAGGAUCCCAUCCUGGGCCAGAGAACCCAGAGAGAAUUUCACAAGGUGAAACUGCAGAGGAAGAUGCCUGCAUAGCCCUGCUUGAAAACCAACUCAGCCUGGGCGACUUUGUCCAAAUACAAAGAGCCUUUGAGAUAGCGGUGGCUUUUACAAGAAAAGAGAUUUGUUUCUAUGAUCUGCUGUCCAAAGAAGAACUUCCUUGUCAAUAUAAACUCCAAGGCCUGAAAGGAACACCAGUUUGCAUGGAUUAUUGGUAUGACCCUUCUGAUGCCAAUGAGUCAAUUCUUUCUCUUGGGGACAUAACCGGAAAGGUUCAAGUAAUUGCUUUCACAACGACCUUGAUUUCCCUUUUUGAGCAUCCUGUGGGUGCAUGUGAAGAUGAAGAAGCAACUGUGACCAUUAACUGGGCAGAGCCGUGCUCUGGACAUCACAAAUGUUGCUAUACGUUAAGGCACAAACUUCAUUGUGGAGACUGGGUCACACAAGUUACUUACAAUGUGUCCUUAGAUGCUAUUAUUUCCAGUACAACCAGCAAUACAAACACUGUGGUGCUGGCAUGGAGAGAGAAAUCAAAAAAGCGUCUUAGAAUGACAUCCUUCAACAUUGCCCAAGGCAUUCGUGCUUUUGAUUACCACUCUUGUCUCAAUUAAAUUGCAACUGCUGGCUUUAACAGUAAAGUUUGCCUUUGGAACCCCUAUGUUGUCUCUAAGCCGGUUGGUGUCCUUUGGGGUCACUCAGCCAGUGUAAUAGCUCUCCAAUUCUUUGCUGCAAGAAAACAACUUUUCAUCUUCUCCAGAGAUAAAGUUUUGAGACUCUGGGAUAUUCAGCACCAGCUGUCCAUCCAGAGGAUAGCUUGUUCUUUCUGCAAAAGUCAGGACUUCAGAUGUCUCUUCCACUUUGAUGAAGCCCACGGACGACUUUUCAUCUCACUUAAUAACCAGCUAUCAUUGCUGGGAAUGAAAAGUGAUUCCGGCAAGAGGGUGAAAAGCCACAAGAAAGCAGUCUCUUGUGUGCUUUACAAUUCAGUCUUGAAGCAGGUAAUCGGUUCUGAUGCAGGGUCGACUGUUUCAUUCUGGAUGAUAGACACUGGGCAGAAAAUCAAACAGUGUACUGUUUGCCAUGGCAACAUAGAAAUCAGCACAAUGGCCAUCGAUGCAGAUGAGAUACGGCUUUUGACUGGCAGCACAGAUGGGACUGUAAAGGUCUGGGACCUCAAUGGCUAUUGUCACCACACUCUACAUGUUGGGCAAGAGGGAGCUGUGGAUAUUUCACACAUCCUGGUUCUUAAGAAGACAAUCCUGGUUACAGGCUGGGACAGGGCUAUUACUCUGUUUUACUCUAAGUAAAACUUCAGUCAGUUUUUCAUCCAGCCUGAAGAAUGGAAGGGAGGAGUACAACACCGUAAUGAUAUCUUACGCACUGCAUUUUUACCUCCACAAAUUCUUGUUACAGGGAGUUAUGAUGGAGAAACUGUUCUGUGGAACAAUAGCACAGAAAAUGCUCACUAUAUCCUUUACCCUGAUUAUCAGCGGCUGCUAAAAUCAAAAUAGGAUAUAGAGCCUCAAAAACUUCCUGGUGCUGGGAGGAGCUGCUCCACCCACCCCACGGCUGACCAGGCUACUCUGGGAGCCUGUUCCUUUGAGACAGACACUGAGUGCAAUAAUGCUGUUAUGAGGCUUUGCUUCCUUGAAGCAAGAAAAAACCUUGCAGCCACAGGAUGAGCCAACCUGUUGUCAUGUGGAGGAUCUGGGUAUGUCAGAUUCUGGGAUACAUUUAAGAAGCACCUUCCGGCUGAAUUUUUGGCUCAUAAUGUUGUUGGUUCCAUUAUUGUGUCUGAUAAGUCAAAUUGAUACCUUGCCGCAGGAGAUCUUGAGGGGUGGUUGAAAAUCUGGAAUACAGAGGAGUACUGUCUUAAUUCCAGUAAGAACAAACUCACAGAGGCCCCGACUCUGAUAAGAUCGUUCUGACCUCCUGAAGACUGGAUAAAUUCUGUAGAGAUGUGUGAGCCGGGCGGCCGGUUACUGGUUCUCUCCGCCUCUGCAGACUGCAGCAUUGAUGUCUGUGGUGCUCCUGUCCAGAUCUUUGGUCAGGCAGAGCAUUGGCAACUUGAGAACUUGAGAACCCUUCCUAGAAGAAAUAUUAAUUUAAUGGAAGAUAAGAUUGAAGAGAAAAGCAUAAAGGAAAUUCCUUUGCUUUCUAAGGAGGAGGAAUCAUGGUUAGACCCAUCAAAACAUUCUCUACUUGAUAAGAAAAACAAAGAGUCAACAUACAAUGUCAGACCAUCAGAAGUUAUAAAUUGGUAUGAAUAUAAGGAAAGAAAUGUUUAUAAGAAAAAAACACAUAACCUUUACAAUGGUGAAGUUAUAAAAAAUCAUUCAGUAACUAAUCACUGCGGUUUUAGGUCAUUAAGCAUUGGAAACUUGAAAGAACUACCUGAAGUGAAUAAACCAGCUUUUCUUCUAGACCCUGAGAAAUACUUUAGGGAAGAGCCAGAGGAGGAAUGUCCCCAAAUUCCAGAGCUUCCAUCACUUUCUGAAACAUUGAAAGCAGUAUUUGAUGAGAAAAGCCUAUUCCUCAAAGAAAUUCUGGAUCGUGAACAAAGAGCCAGGCAAUUAUGUCAAGACACAAGUAGUGAUGUGAAGAUAAAAAGGAAUAAGAAGCCAUUAUAA